AUGGAGCAGCAGGGGGCGUGGCGUCGAGAGUGGAAGACGGACGAGGAGCGCUACAACGCUGCUUUCCACUGGGAGGUAGCUGGCCGCCCCAUCACCAUUCGGCAGAGCCGAGUCACGUCGCCCGGCACGGUGGGGGGCACGCUGUGGGACAGCAGUCUCGUGUUGGCCAAGUACCUGGAGCGCCAGUACCACCCCGACGGGCUGGCCGGCCGUCGCAUCAUCGAGCUCGGCAGCGGCUGCGGCCUGGUCGGGACAUCGCCGCUG